AUGAUGCAAGAAUUCUGUCGCGACUAUGGCAAAGCUGGAGGCAGUGCCCUGGAGAAACUGCGAUACAUCAAGCUCGGAAUCGGGUUUGAGUUAUGUUUUCCACCGCACCGUGACCCAGGAUACUAUCGUGAUGAUCCUGCGCAUAUUCUGGGUGAUCUGCUGGAUUUAUCGAGAAUUGAAGAGCUGCACUUACAGUAUCCUGACUAUGUAGAUGGUCCACAUCACCCAGAAAGCCUAAUACGGUCACUUUACAAGGGCGAGGCCCUUCGUCUUGCUUUCAAUACCCACUUGUCGAGAAAGUUGAUCAACCCUUACCGGCUUCCCGCUUGCGCAAGCUUACAUUGCCAUGGGCUGAUAGCUGCACCUGGCAAGUGGUAUCCGAAUCCUUUUCGGGUUCCUCCUUGA